UCCAAAUCAGCUAGCCCUCUUCACAAGGGAAGGCCACUUCUCUAGGUCGACCGGCCGCGCCUCAACCGGCCACGAGUCCUUCGUGAUGGCCCGGCCUGGAAAAAGGAUUCCUGCAAUGAUCCACGGCGCAUGCGGCACCAGCCAUUACAGAGCGGGGGGGGAGGCGGGCCGCGAACAAGUGACCGUCAGCAGCAAGGUAACGCACCUCUCGCCCUUGAACAUGAACAUGCCUAGGGACCCUUAUGAUAACCCUCCCCGUUUGCUGUUGAAGAUUCCUUUGCUCUUCCUGACAGCCGCAGCCAGAAUCAGGAAGGACACAUCGCACUGUGCCGGCGAUCCAGCGGUCGCGGGCCAAGCACAUUACGGCGGAUAUGCAUGGCGGGGUAACCAGAGACCAGGGAGGUGGGGGGGGCGUUCGUCGGCGAAGCGGUACGGACGAAGCCCCUGUCGAUGAAGUACUAUACUCCUACCAUGUAUACCUCGAGUUCUUCACGCCCCCCUCCAAUGGGGUCUUCAGCGGAGCAGAGGAGCAGAUGUCAUUGGUCGGAGGACACGUCGCUCCCAUGUGGCCCCGCGGCGGCCGUCAGAACAGGUUGCCACCCGGUACGAAAAAGCAGGCGCAUGCGAGGUUUGCACAAGCGUGUCCUCGGGCGCGUGGGAGGGCACGCUGCGGAACGGGCUCGCCCGGAGCGAUGGCCUGGCGAGCGAGGGUACAGAUGGUGAGUGGUGGUGAUGGUGAUGGGCUUCUUCUGCUGGCCGGAUCGGCCGGACGCUCGGCGCCUCGUUUCCCAGCUGGGAGGUGGACGGCAAGAUGUUUGCCGGUAUCACGAGCCCUGCUGCUGAUGCUGCUGCUGCUGUGCGAGCCAUGAGAACGCACGAUGGGCCGAUUCACUGGCGAGAACCAAAGAGCACAAUAGAACACAGUAGAGCAGAGAAG